AUGGACACUGGGAAUUGCUCAACUGCUGAGUUCCUUCUUCUGGGAAUUACCAAUAAUCCUGAGUUAAAAGUAAUUUUAUUUUCCACAUUUCUGGCUGUUUAUCUCAUUAUUCUUCUUGCAAAUGUUGGAAUGAUCAUUUUGAUAAAAAUGGAUCCUCAGCUCCACACCCCCAUGUACUUUUUCCUCAGCCACCUCUCUUUCUGUGACCUCUGCUACUCCACUGCAGUUGGGCCAAAGAUACUGGUCGACCUGCUUUCAGGGAGCAGUUCAAUUCCCUUUGCUGGCUGCACCCUGCAGUUCUUCAUCUUUUGUAUCUUUGCAGACGCUGGGUGCAUGCUACUGGCAGUGAUGGCCUUUGACAGGUACAAGGCCAUCAGCAGCCCCUUGCUGUAUGCAGCCAACAUGUCCAGCAGGGUGUGCUACCAACUCCUGGCUGGAGUUUACAUGGUAGGGGUGGCAGAUGCUUUGAUACAUACAACAUUGACAUUUCGCUUGUGUUUCUGCAGGUCCCGUGAGAUUAAUCAUUUCUUCUGUGAUAUUCCUCCUCUCCUAUUACUAUCUUGCACAGACACACAGGUCAAUGAAUUAGUGAUAUUCACCAUUUUUGGUUUCCUUGAACUGAGUACCAUCUCAGGAGUCCUUAUCUCUUAUUGUUACAUCAUCGCAUCUGUCUUGAAGAUCCGCUCUGCUGAGGGGAGGGUCAAAGCUUUCUCUACCUGCACUUCCCACCUGACUGCAGUUGCGAUUUUCCAGGGAACAAUGCUCUUCAUGUAUUUCAGGCCCAGUUCUUCUUACUCCCUAGACCAAGAUAAAAUGAGCUCACUAUUUUACACUCUUGUGAUUCCCAUGCUGAACCCCCUGAUUUACAGCCUGAGGACAAGGAUGUAA